CUGUUUCCUGCUACCCUCGCUACACAUCUGUGUCCACGGCUCGUCAAAUAGCAACUGCGCAUAAACAGGUCCAUAAAAGGUGUUAUCAGCCUCGGUUUCAUGCAUGCGAUAUCUGCGCCUUAGAGGGUAGGGUACCCGUUCCCAGCGACAGAGCGCACACAUCUCCCACGGCACAGACAGCUCGACAGCUAAGUCAUGGGAGGAAACAGUCCAAGGAAAGGCCCCCAACUCCUCCACCACCGACGGAGAAAUGGGGGAAAGAUGUGACAUUGGUCUGGACUCGAGAGGGAGAAGUGAACCUUCGCCGUUGCAUAACCCAAGUCACACAGAGAGACGGAAUUGUCGUCAUUUUGUUUGGACAGACUGGAUUUGGUAAAUCCUCUCUUGCAAAUGGAAUUCAAACCGCCAUGAGAGGGAACAGGAACGUCUCGAAUUAUUUUCCUGUGGGAAUUAGAACACAUGGAAGCUACACUAAAGAUUUGCACCGAGACGAUUUCUGCCGUCAGUCCUGUCGAGAAAACUGCACUUGCGAGCCCUACUUUUGGUUGAUUGACAUGCCGGGCGUAUUCAACAGUGACGCUUUCACAGAUGACAGCAUUGAGAAGAUUGUUACGGGAGCGGUUCCUUUCUAUGAAGAAAUCAAACCAACGCUAGAAGCUAUGGAUAGCUCCAGCAUCCUUCCACCACAGCACAGGGUCAAGGCGUCGUGUGUAGUUAUUGUCCAAAAGGCAGGGGUUGCAAUAGCCGAAAAUGUAAAGCGACAGAUAAAUGUGCUGAUAAAACUACAUUCACGAGGAGUUCUGUCGGUUCACGUGAUCCUGACACACUCUGAUGCAGUUGAACCACUCUUGAAGGAUUCCGACAAUAUUCCAUACGUGUUUGACUCUGAGGAGGUUCGGAAAGCGGUGGAGUAUGCUUCUAAGGAGACAGGGUUGCCUCAAACAUGUAUCAGCGUUGUGAAGAACUAUACAGUAGAAAAGUUCACCAACACCAACACCAGCAUCCUGUACCUACACGCCCUGCACAACAUCCUGCUCGCUGCCAGGGACACGUCUCAGCGGGAUGAAAAAAGGGACAAGAUGCGGACAACGCUGUACCAACGGAAUCCACAACCACAAUGAGCCAGAAGAUAUAUUUAAAGCUCCCCAUUUUCUGAUGAGUGAAUUUAGCUCAAGGCUGCUUUGAACACUAUUUUAGAGUUAGAGCGACCCUUGUUGCAGAUGGUUGCCUCUUAAUGAAACAGGGAAGAUAAUAAUGGAAUUCAAACCGAGAUCCAAAUCCACUUAGAACUGAUUCUAACCA